AGUGGGUGGGUGGGUGUUGUUCAGCUUAUAACUCCAUUCCAACCCAAAUGCAAUUCUUGUAUUCCUCCUCUGUCACUUCUUAAUUUGGUAAACCACUUUGGUUUACCAGUAAAGCAAAGAAGAAAGAGUGAAAGAAAGAAGAAGAAAGAAAGAGACUCUCUUUCUAUUUUUCUUGAUUCUUAACACCAACCCAAUCUCUAAAAUCCACGAAAUUCAAUACCCAGAAACACCCACAUUGCCAAAAAAAAAAAAAAAGGUUGAAUUUUUAUUUUAUUGGGUUUUUUUUUCUGGGCAAAAAAAGUUAUGAAGAAAUCUCCUCCAUCUCCUUCUUUUUGUUGCUCCUCUUCUUCUUCAUCAUCUUCAUGCAUUGAACAAAUCCAUGAAGAAACAGAGAAGCAAAAACUGAAACCAAAGCCCAAUUCAAUUUCAAAGCCCAGGCCCAAACGUGCUGCUAGAGCUAAGAGAAUUCUAAAUGCUGAUUCUCCAAUUAAUAAUUCAUCUCCAAGAAGAAGCUCCAUUUACAGAGGUGUAACAAGGCAUAGAUGGACAGGAAGAUAUGAAGCUCACCUAUGGGACAAGAGUACUUGGAAUAGCAUUCAGAACAAGAAAGGACGACAAAGAGCUUAUGAUAGUGAAGAAGCUGCUGCCAGAACUUAUGAUCUUGCGGCUCUUAAGUACUGGGGUCCCGCAACUACACUUAAUUUUCCGAUGGAAACAUACAGCAAAGAGCUUGAAGAAAUGCAGAGGCUAUCAAAGGAAGAGUACUUGGCUUCAUUAAGGCGAAUGAGCAGUGGAUUCUCUAGGGGUGUUUCCAAAUAUCGUGGCGUUGCAAGGCACCACCAUAAUGGUCGAUGGGAAGCACGUAUUGGACGGGUGUUUGGGAAUAAGUAUCUCUAUUUGGGAACUUACAGCACUCAAGAGGAAGCAGCAGCAGCAUAUGAUAUGGCAGCAAUUGAGUACAGAGGGCCUAAUGCAGUAACCAACUUCGACAUCAGCAGAUAUGCAGACAAGUUGAGGAAACUCCGUGAACCGGAUAUGCUAACAAAGGAGGAAAACACAGAGUCCUCUGCUGAAGUGCAAUCAAAUGAGGUAAUUGAACAACAUCAACUAGCUCUUCAACAAGAAGAGAACCAACUGAGUUUUCAGCAAGAAGAAUUAGCUGCAGAACCGAUAGGAGUACCAAAGUUAGAGUUUACGCGUCCACUUGAUUCUGAUGAAGUGACUCAACCAAAAGUUUUGAAGUUGGAGUUUGCCCCUUCGGUGGACUCUGCUGCUGAUAAAUUAAAGGCGAAGGACCGCGAGGAGGAAGAUGACAACCCAUGGAACAUGUACUUGGACGAUACAUUUGAUUCCUUCCCAAUUCCCGACUUCUCUCUUGACAAACCAUCGGACUUGAUGGAUCUUUUCAACAACAGCAGCUUUGACUUUAAUUUCUAUGAGGAAUCAAGUGAGAAUGAGUUCAACCUGGACGUAUUCUCUGACAGCAUGAUCAUCGACAUGAUUGAAGCUAAUAACGAGGAAGUGAGGAAGAAUCCGUCGAAUUCUCCUACUUCAUCGUCAUCCGUGUCAAGAACGCCAUCCAUUUCUAGCGACAUGAAAGAUGUUGGAGGUUUGGCAUCUUCGGCAAUGUAAGAACUCAGCUUGGUGUUGAAAUGAAUUAUAAGUUCAAUAGGAACUAGUUUUAGAUGCCUUUUUAAUCUUUCCUAGAUAUAGGGACACAAGCAGAAGCCCUUGUACCGUGUUUUAAUUAGUUUCUUUACCAAAUAUGAACUCCUGCAGUUUAGCUGAAAUGUUGCUUAGCAAACUGUUUUGGUUUCA